UUCUGAUUAAGCGAAAUAUAUAUUUUCUGAUUAAGUGGUGUAUGGUCCAUACUUGUUGAAUAUUGUAGAUAGCUAUUAAAAAAAUGAGUGAACUAUAAUUUUCUAUGUUCCAUAAAUAUCAUUUCUAAAAAAGGUCUCCCUUGAAUCAAUUUCACUUCUUCUUCUUCUUCUUCUUCUUCUUCUUCUUCUUCUUCCCUUGUGUGGCUAAGCAAAUUGUUUAUUUGGUGUUUCUAAAAUCUGAAAAUGGAGAAAAACCAAGCUUACAAAGCUAUGCAAAGACCAAAGCAUGGCUCUUCUGCUGAACCUGAAGACAUGGAAGAUGCCAUGCGGUCAAAAGUGAAGUCUUGGGACUGUAGCUCAAGUUCCUCCUCCUCUUCUGACUCUGAUUCAUCAUCGUCCUCAGAAUCUUCGAGUAGCGAUGAUGAAGAGAAAGGAUCAAGAAUAUUGAAGUCAAAAUCUAGAAGAAAGAAGAAAAAGAAGAGCAAAUCAACAAAAAAUAAGAGCUCAACAAGCUGAUGAGGUCUUGUCUGAAGACUUAAUGGUAUGUAUGUAUGUAUGUAUGUAUGUGUAUUGAGUGUUCGUAAGUCUGAGUUUAUAUUGUCUUAUGAUAAGAAAAAGAAGAGCUCAACAAGCUGAUGAGGUCCUGUCUGAAGACUUAAUGGUAUGCAUGUAUGUGUGUAUGUGUAUUGAGUGUUCGUAUGUCCGAGUUUAUAUUGUCUUAUGGUUGACGUUUGUCGUUAAAUGAUUAAUUAUUGAGAAGUAUGGGAUUGGAUAUUAUCCCUUUGUUAUUAAUAAAAGGGUAAUUGUAUUUAA